CCACACACCUGUGGCGGGGUCGCCGUGAGGACUGAGAUGACGCGCGUGUGUGGCCUGUAGAGUUGUUAGAAUGCCUUCGGCCGCUGAGAGCUCUAAAGAUGUCUGACAAGAACCAGAUCGCUGCCACAGCUUCCCUUAUUGAGCAACUGACGUCUAGAAGGAAUUUUGAGGAUCUUGGCAACCACCUCACUGAGCUAGAAAGCCUUCAUGUGACUAAAGAGCACCUCCAGGAAACCGUUGUGGUCAGGGCCGUGUACGGAGUCCUCAAAACUUGCCCCACAGUGGCUUUGAAAAAGAAAGCCAAGCGUCUGUUGUCAGAAUGGAAAGGUCUCUACAAGGAUGCGCACUUGAAACCAACGAACAGCCUGAAAUCAUUCCCUGCGGGUAGAAAUGAAGAAAACCCAGGGCUUUCUCAUGACCCACAUCAGGGUAAGAUGCUGGGCGGCUCCAGAUCUAAUUCAUCAUCCCACGACGUUGCAGAAGCCAUUGAAGCGAUUGCGCCUAAAGAUAGCGCUCGUCCAAUGGGACCCGAGGAAGAGCAUUUCAGGGGUGGUGACCCUAAAUCCGCCGAUGAGAGAUCCAGUGAGUUGCUGGAUCCCACGGUACCUGUGAGAGCUAAAUGCACAGAGCUUCUUUACGAAGCUUUAACGAGGUCUUCCGCAGAUCAGCCCAGAGCUGAUUUGUGGCGCAACCUGGCGAGAGACAUUGAGGAACACAUUUUUGCCCUUUAUUCCAAGAACCUGAAAAAAUACAAAACUUGUGUUAGGAGCAAAGUCGCCAAUCUGAAGAACCCCAAAAGUUCCCACUUACAACAAAGCUUGCUCUCUGGGACCGUGUCUCCGCGAGAAUUUGCCGCGAUGACCGUCCUGGAAAUGGCACACGAGGACCUGAAGCAGCUGAGAGCCUCAUACACGGAGUCUUGCAUACAGGAACACCACCUUCCCCAAGUGGUGGGCGGCACGCACACAGAGAAAAUAAAAUGCAGGCGCUGUGAGAGGUUCAAUUGCAAGGUCACCGUAAUCGCCAGAGGAGCGCUUUUCCUUCCAAGUUGGGUGCGGAACUCCAACCCAGACGAAGAAAGGAUGACCUAUGUGAUCUGUAACGAGUGCGGGGAGCAGUGGUACCAUAGUGCGUGGGUGUGCCUGUGAGUGCAAACAGGUGCUGUCUUCACAAAGACCCAGGGAGAUGCCUGGUUUGUUUGGGGUUUUUUUUUUUUU